AUGACUACUAAUAACAAUCAAACAUUUUUACUGCGUUCUGUCCUUGAGAAGGACAAGCUGAAUGGAACCAAUUUCAUUGAUUGGUAUCGUAAUUUGAGAAUUGUUCUCAAACAAGAGAAGAAUUUAGAUGUAUUAGAUCAUCCAUUGCCCAUUGAACUUGCAAGAAAUGCUACAGCUGCUCAAAGGGAGGCUUUUAAGAAAAAAAAAGUGACUCCAACGAUGACAUCUACCUCAUCCUUUGCGAUAAUGGUACAUCUUAAGGAAAUGUUCCAAGAGCAAGCCCGUCAAAGGUUUGUGACUACAAAGGCAUUGACAUCCUGCAAGAUGGCACUGGGGACUCCUGUUAGUUCCCAUGUACUCAAGAUGAAAUGGUAUCUUGAUACUCUUGAGAAGCUUAAUGUGCGCGUCAAUAGGGAGCUUGCAAUUGACCUAAUUUUAGGGUCACUUUUGGAUAGUUAUGAUUCAUAUAUCAUGAACUAUAAUAUGCACAAAAUGGAUAAAUCAGUCACCGAGUUACAUGGGAUGCUCAAGAGUGCUGAAGAGAACAUCCAUAAAACUAAUCAUGUGCUCAUAGUUCAAAAGGGCAUUAGCAAGAAGGGGAAAGCCAAGGGAAAGGUUCCAACUAAGUCCAAAGAUAACAAGGCUGGGCCUAAGUCUAAAGACAAGAGAAAAAGGCACCCAAGCCUAAGUCCAAGCCCAAGCAAGAUGAGAGCACAUGCUUCCACUAUAAUAAUGUUGGGCAUUGGAAAAGGAACUGUCCUCUAUACCUAG